AUGGCGUUUCAGCCACAUGGACGACGGCAGCAGCCUGGCAUGGAAGCCAUCAUCGAGACGGUGUCCGACCGGGCAUCCAUUGCGGCAGUGGACGCCGUCGCCCCCGAAACGGAACACGAGCCAAAGUCGGCACGACAUGAUAGAUCCUCCGGCAGCGAGCCACCCUUACUGUCACCAUCACAGCAGCAACACUGUCAAACGUCACAUGCAUCAGCCUUGAGCCGGAAAGCUGAGCGACGGCUUGUCUGGAAGCUCGACCUCUGCAUCCUACCCAUCUUCCUGGUUGUCUUUCUGAUUUCGACGCUCGACCGCAUCAGCAUGAGCAAUGCAAAGGUCAUGGGCCUCAUGGGGGACCUCUCACUCACAGUACAACAGUACAACAUUGCUUAUUAUAUCUGUUUUGCGACACUCGUCAUCUUCGGGGUCCCCAGCAGCCUCCUUCUCUGCAGAAGCCGGCGUCCGUCCUGGUACCUCGGCGCCAUGACGGUUUGCUGGGGCGUCGCCAACUUGUGCGCCGGUUUCGUCCAAACGUACCACGGGCUCGUCGCUGUGCGGUUUGUGCUCGGCAUUUUCGAGGCCGGCCUCCAGCCAGGCGUGAUUUAUGUCACGUCCCUGUACUACACACGCCACGAGUACCAGACGCGCCUGAGCCUUCUCUUCUGCGGCCACGUUGCUGCGUCCGCCUUUGGUCCGCUCAUGGCCUACGCCAUCGGCAAGGGCAUCGCAGGCGCCCAGACCGUCAGCCCCAAAAACAGCACCACCGACGUCGUGAGCAGCAUUGCACCCAACGGCUUCAAGGGAUGGCGUUGGGUUUUUAUUGUCGAGGGUUCGGUGACGGCUGCCAUCGGCCUGGUAGCCUGCUUCCUUGUCGUCGACGAGCCCGACCGCUGCCGCUACCUCUCGGCCGAAGAACGGCGUCGCGUCCAGCAGCGCGUGGCCGAAGACCGUGGUGGCGGGGCAGGGGUCGGGUCUGGGUCUGCUGUUGACACGUUUGCCAUGGACCGCCUCGACCGCCGUGCUGUCCUGCACUCCCUCGCCGACUACAAGAUCUGGCUCGGCGCCCUCGUCGCCGUCGGCACGGGCACCACGGCCUACAGCACGCCCAUGUUCAUGCCCAGCAUCCUGCACGACUUUGGCUACAAGGCGCGCGACGUCAAGAUCCACACCCUGCCCGUCUACGCCGUCGCCGCCGUCUUCAUGGUCGCCGUGUCCUGGCUCGCCGACCGCCUGCGCCUGCGCUACGCCCUCAUCAUGGCCGCCACCAUUGUCGCCACCAUUGGCUACUGCAUGCUGCUCGACGAGACGUGGAUGAACCGCGAGGCCAAGUACGGCGCCUCGUUCCUGAUUAGCAUCGGCGGCUAUGCGGCGCUGCCGCUGGCCUAUGGCUGGCUCGUCGAGAACCUGGCCGGCCGCUGGAAACGCGCGUUCGGUGUCGGCGUCCAGAGCGCGCUGGGCAACAUGGCAGGCGUCGUGGCGUCCACCAUCUACCGGCGAGAAGAAAGCCCGACGUAUGUGACAGGCUACGGCGUGGCACUCGGGUUCUUGUGGAUCGGUGCCGCCGCGGCAACGGCUCUGGCGUAUCUCAUGUGGGUGGAGAACCGGCGACGACAACUCGGUCAGCGGGCGUACCGGCUGGAACGGCGGCCCGGCUGGAACGGCGGCCCGAGGAUGUGGCGAACCUGGGCGACGACCAUCCCGGGUUCCGCGACUUCGGCUCCGCCGGUUGAGGCCCGGGACAUCCCUCGCUCGUUCCUCGUCGAUUUUCUCGCUCGCCGUUUCGGCACGGCUCCCACCAUUGUCAUUUCGCGAGCAGCACAUCAAUCGACAUCGCCCCGUCUCCGAACGCCAACACCAUCAAUCAACAUGACGAAGCUCACGCUGUACGGUUACUACAGGUCGUCGUGCACCACGCGGCUGCGGAUCGCACUGGCGCUCAAAAAGAUUGAGCACACGACUGUCUUUGUCGACUUUUUCAACAAGGAGCACCGCGGCGCCGCGUACACGGCCAUCAACCCGAACCAGUCGCUGCCGACGCUGGCAGCCGAGAUCGAGGGAUCCGGAUCCGGCGGCGGCACGCCCGUCUACAUUACGCAGUCGGUGGCCGCUCUCGAGUUUCUCGAGGAAGCCUUCCCGGACAAUGCCGUGCCGCUGCUGCCCAAGAACCCGGCCGACCGCGCACGCGUGCGCAGCCUCGUCGAGAUUGUUGUGGCGGAUCUGCAGCCGCGGCAAGCGAAUCACACGCUCGAGAAGCUGGGCAGCGACCUGGGUGCCGACGGCGACCAGAAGACCAAGUGGGCGUACGACUGGAGCGUCAGAGAGCUGCGGGCGUACGAGACGCUUGUGACGGCGGGGGGCGCGAACGGUGGGCCGUCUGGCAAAUACUCGGUGGGUGACACAGUGACGCUGGCGGACGUGUGUCUGGUGCCGGCGAUCCAGAACGCGGUGGAACGAUGGGGCGUGGACCUGGAGAAGGAAUUCCCGGUGCUGGCGACCAUCUUUGGCAACUUGACGGCGCUGCCGGAGGUGCAGGGCGCGCACUGGAGCAAGCAGCCGGACGCACCCAAGGAUGCGUAA